AUGGCCCCAUAUCUUGCUAAGCUCGCCGCAUUGGCAGCAGUCAUUGCACCCCUUGUCUUCGCAGCACCCGCUUCCAACCUCAAGGUUCGGAAUUCUGAUGCCACCAAUGUGGUGCCGGAUAGCUACAUUGUGGUGUACAACGACCAGGUCAGCGCUGCGACUGCCGCCUCGCACAUCGAUAGGGUUAGCUCGCUGAUCUCAAAGCGCGAUACCGACGGAAUUGGAGCAACCUACGAUAUGGAUCUGCUGAAAGGGUAUCAGAUCACUGCCGAUGAGGAUACCAUUCAACAAAUUGCCGCCUCACCAGAGGUCGCAUACAUUGAGAAGGAUGGCAAGGUGCAAGCCUGGGAUUUGUUGACGGAGUCUGAUGCACCGUACGGUCUUGCCCGCGUUUCUCACAGGACCCUUGGAACCUCUACAUCCUACGUCUAUGAUUCCUCAGCUGGCAGUGGUGUCACUAUCUAUGUCGUGGAUACUGGCAUCUACAUUGAACACGCUGAAUUUGGGGGUCGGGCUUCGUUUGGUGCUAACUUCAUCUCUGGCUCUCCCAACACCGACGAGUACGGUCAUGGAACCCACUGUGCUGGAACAGCAGCAGGCACUACCUACGGUGUAGCCAAGAAUGCCAAGCUCGUCGCUGUCAAGGUCCUCGACAAGAAUGGCUCCGGAUCGUUUUCCGGCGUGAUCUCUGGAAUUCAAUGGGUGGGUAACAAUGCUGCUCCCAAUUCGGUCCUCACCAUGUCCCUUGGAGGCGGCCAAUCCUCCGCUGUAAACUCAGCUGUCGCCAGUACUGUCAGGGCUGGGGUGACCGUCGUAGUCGCGGCUGGCAAUUCCAACGCCGAUGCAAGCGGCUACUCUCCUGCCUCUGAGCCUACCGCUAUCACCGUUGGCGCUACAGACUCCUCUGAUACCCGAGCCUCUUUCUCUAACUGGGGUAGCCUCCUAGACAUCUUUGCACCAGGCGUUAAUAUUCUCAGCUCGUGGAUUGGCGGGAGGACUGCCACCAACACCAUCAGCGGUACCAGCAUGGCUACUCCCCAUAUUGCUGGCCUUGCAGCCUACCUCAUCAGCCUUGAGGGCUUGUCCGGCCCAAAUGCAGUCGUCGCCCGUCUUCAGCAACUGGCCACCUCUGGGAGGGUCACUGAUGCAAAAAGCCCGAAAAACUUGAUUGGCUACAACGGCAGCGGUCUGUAA